AGCUGAUAUGGCCAAGUUGCUUUCAGUCUACACUCUCGACCACAAUAUUAUGAUGAGAAUCAUAAGACAUCUUGCCGAGGGCCGACUAGAGGUGUUCCAAGGGGAGAAAUUUCUAUCAUCCAUCCCUAUGUGGACCACGUUUGGGGAGCUAGCCAUUUUAUACAACUGUACAAGAACUGCCUCCGUGAAAGCUAUUACCAAUGUUAAAACUUGGGCACUAGAUCGAGAGGUAUUCCAGAAUAUAAUGAGAAGGACAGCUCAAGCUAGAGAUGAACAGUACAGAAACUUCCUCAGAAGUGUAUCCUUGCUGAAGAAUUUACCUGAAGAUAAACUAACCAAGAUCAUUGACUGCUUGGAAGUGGAAUACUAUGACAAAGGAGAUUACAUUAUUAGAGAGGGCGAGGAAGGAAGUACUUUCUUCAUCUUAGCAAAAGGAAAGGUAAAAGUCACCCAGAGCACAGAGGGCCAUGAUCAACCACAACUGAUAAAAACACUGCAGAAAGGAGAAUACUUUGGAGAAAAAGCUCUUAUCAGAACAUUCAACCAAACAGUUGGGACUUUUGAAGAACUCCAAAAGUACCUUGAAGGGUAUGUGGCAAACCUGAACCGUGAUGAUGAGAAAAGACAUGCGAAGAGAUCCAUGUCUAACUGGAAGCUGUCCAAAGCACUCUCUCUGGAGAUGAUUCAGCUGAAGGAGAAGGUGGCCAGAUUUUCCUCAUCAUCCCCAUUCCAGAACCUUGAGAUUAUCGCAACACUGGGCGUUGGUGGGUUCGGAAGAGUUGAGCUUGUUAAAGUGAAAAAUGAGAAUGUUGCUUUUGCUAUGAAGUGUAUAAGGAAGAAGCACAUAGUUGACACAAAACAACAGGAGCAUGUCUACUCAGAAAAGAGGAUUCUAGAAGAGUUGUGUUCUCCCUUCAUCGUGAAAUUAUAUCGUACUUUCAAGGACAAUAAGUAUGUAUACAUGCUUCUGGAGGCCUGCUUAGGUGGGGAACUAUGGAGCAUAUUAAGGGACAGAGGCAGCUUCGAUGAACCCACCUCCAAGUUCUGCGUCGCUUGUGUGACAGAAGCAUUUGAUUACCUGCAUCGACUAGGUAUUAUCUACAGAGACCUGAAACCAGAAAACUUAAUUCUAGAUGCUGAAGGUUAUCUUAAAUUGGUUGACUUUGGAUUUGCUAAGAAAAUAGGAUCUGGACAGAAAACAUGGACAUUCUGCGGAACUCCAGAGUAUGUAGCUCCUGAAGUCAUUCUCAACAAAGGACAUGACUUCAGUGUGGAUUUUUGGUCUCUGGGAAUUCUAGUGUAUGAGCUCCUAACCGGCAACCCUCCCUUUUCUGGGAUUGACCAAAUGAUGACCUACAAUUUGAUUCUCAAAGGAAUUGAAAAAAUAGAUUUUCCCAGAAAGAUCACAAGACGACCUGAGGAUUUGAUUCGGAGACUUUGCAGGCAAAAUCCAACAGAAAGACUUGGAAAUCUGAAGAAUGGAAUCAAUGACAUUAAGAAACACAGAUGGUUAAAUGGUUUUAAUUGGGAGGGACUGAAAGCACGGAACCUUCCAUCACCUUUACAGAGAGAGCUCAGUGGACCCACAGACCACAGCUACUUCGACAAGUAUCCCCCUGAAAAAGGAGUGCCUCCAGAUGAGCUGUCAGGCUGGGAUAAAGACUUUUGACAGAAGAAAAGAUGAUUAUUGCCUCUACAUCCAGAAGAGGACUAUAAGGACCAAUAAUCCAAUAGUGAUCAUUUCUCUCUUUGGAGGAGUAUUAUGUCUUUGGGGAGACCAUUAAGGAAGAGAACUCCCUGCCCAUGAGCUGGGUGGACAGUGCGAAUAUGAAGGUGGUUCUGAGUUAUAAUGUCUCAUUUAGAUGCUCUGAAUUAUUCAUGUAUUCUAUUCUUUGCUCUUCUCAAAUGUUGGAGGCAAUUCUCUUCCCCUCGCCGUAGUCAGAAUAAUUUUGUUGAGGGGGUAUAAUUUUCUCUGCAAUCUAUUGCUCCAUCCCAAUCAUACAUGUCUCCUUUGAGUCUUAAUAAGUUUUAAAAAGUGUCUUGCCUUUGAGCAACUAAGUCAUGCACAUGGAAGGAAGAACACGGGUGAACUCUGGAAGACUUCCCCUACUCUCAACAAUUCCAUGUAAGCAUUAUGGCAUCUCAAACCCAUGGUUUGCAGAAAUCUUCGUAGUGGAUAGAAGCUCUUGAUUUUCACCUGCAUUCAACCUAGAAACAUAUUAACAUGCAUCUGAUACUAGUCUGGGGAAAGGCAAGUUUAAGUAUUAGCCAAUGGUACCACUUCCUAGCAUAAAUGAGUUAAUUCACCCAGCCAGUAAUUAUAUUCCAUUGGGGAACUUUGAAAAAAUAAAGCAAAAAAAUAUUUUUGUUCUCCUGUGACCAGCUGUGAUACCUCAGAGACUUUUCAAAAGCCUUUUUAAAGGUAGUUAUAAUGUGUGGUCAAGUGAUGGACCUUUGGUAGGGUUUUAUCUUAUAUACUAAAUAUUUUCACAAAGUAGAAAACACGCAGGCACAAAAUUGUGAAGGCUUUUCCUUCCGAUUAAAUAUGGAAGAGAAUAAUUUCUAAUAGGUAAGGUUGCUGACUCUUUACAACUGAGAUAUUUUGGCCAGUUUUGUGUUUGUUGCCAUUAAUAAAUCAAGAGUAUAGAAUAACCACAGUUAAUUUUUAAUGAAAAUCUCGUUGGCUCAUGUUGAUGCCCUGCAAUCACUAUUGCAUCAAUAACUCUUUUUAAAGAGAUUUGAGUCAUGGAUGUGUUUAUAAUUUUAGAUUUGUAAGGUAGACAAGCCGCUGAGGAAGUGAUGGGACUUAAGUAAAAGGGACAUCCAGAAUGUGCCCUCCUGUCUCCUCCUCACAAUCUUUCAGAUGAUGAAUAGACUAGUUUCAAUGGCACUGGAUACCAGCGCCGAAGAACUUUACUAGAGAAUGUUGUCAUGCAUCAACCACGAUCCCACCAAAUGGAUGGAAAGCAGACUUUCUCUGCAUCUUUUUGAUCUGGCAGAGUAAAAAUAACAUCUAAGUUCCUGCAUUAUUCAAGCUUCUGGUUAUAUUUUCACAUGCUAAUGUUCUAUGGGAAAAGCAACCUCUACCCACUCUGCACCCAUAUUUUCAGCAUUCAGAAAGAGUCAGCUAUACGCUUCCUGAAGAGUCAAACCAGUUAAGUGAGGCCCAACCCAAGAGGGUGCAUCCUUAACAAAUUGAAUUUCCACAUUUAGAGAAUCCUUUUGCUGAACCAAAGAAUUUUUGUUUCCUGGAGUAGUAUUUUUAAAGAUUAUGUAUUGUACAUAGACAAACCAUUUUUAAUAGGAUCAACAUAACCUGCUUAAUGAAUUUCUAAGAUUUUUAAAGAUUUUUAUUUGCAUUUGGUUUGUAAGCAUUGUAUGUUUUUCCAUGUAUAUAUUUUUAAAUUACCCACCUAUAAAUGUAGAAAAUGUAUGCAUUGGAUGGAUAUUAGAACUAUACAGAUAAUAGCAAUGAUAUUCUCAAAGGAAAUCAAUAGUUGUAAUUCAAAAAAGACAUAUAUACAAAUAAAAACCAACUUAGAGUA